CCCGCCCCGCACCGAACCGCAGCAGUGAGUGGGAACUCAGCCGGAAGAAAUGAUUGACUGUUUAGCGCGGCCGGUGAUACACUGGUACCCAGCUGACUGGUAGUGUAGUGUACGGCAACACAACGGCUUCCUUUGCUCCAGUACUCUACUUUCCACUCAUACACACACACGCGCGCUCUCGUCGAUUGUGUACGAAUUGGUUACGGCAUUUUUAUCGAAUUUCUUUCUCUUUUCGCCAAAAUUUAUUCGCAUCUACCUGGUAGAACAACACACACACUGCGAACCAUCGCGCGAGAGACUCUCCGUCUUCUCUGGGAUUACGUUAACUGGUUUCUGUAGCGGUUGGCUUCUGUGGGGUGAAUCACGCUGGCCGAUGCUGUCAUAAUUUCGUGGAAUCGCUCGGUCUGUUUUUGGAAUUGCGUCGAUCCCUGGGAAAGUGUUUUUGAGAAUUUAUCCAUCCGGAGCGACAUUACGCAUUAUUGAUUGUCCGCCAUGCAGCGGAUACACUGGACUACAUUGCGAUUAUUAGCCGGGAAUGGUGCGGCGGGAUAAAAAUAAUUGUUGUUGAUGCCGCGGAUAAUCUGGAUUUGACCUGGUUUGCUUGAUUGUGGCAUUCUCACACUGCCAGCUAAUUAUAUCGUUGGAAUAUAGCGGCGUUCAGGGCGGCUGAUUGCUCGAUACACUGCACGGAUUGGCGUUGCUGUGUGCUGUUCUUUGACCUGAUCUUGGGGUCUGCUGCACCGUUUGCUCGGCCCCAGCGCACAGGGACGGGAUGAGCCAGAUUCAGACCAGCGCCGGCGCCGCUGCGUAUCCCUUGGUUACUCUCAAAUCUCUUCUGGAGAACCCAUCCAUACCUUCCAGACAUUAUCGCAAACUCGCCUCCUCCGGCGGGAACUCCCUGUUCUCCAUGAACAGCAAGAAGGCCGACGUGGCCUCCUCCCUGCCGGUGCCGUCGCACUCCGCGGCCUCCCCGUCGGGCCACUCGCCGUCCAGUGUGGCGGCGGCGGCCGUGGCCGGCGCCUGGGGCGGCGUGGCCGGUCUGGAGCAGUUCGAGUCGUCGGCGGCGCAGGCCUUCCUCGGGCCCAGCAUCUGGGACAAGCCCAACCCCUACGAAUCCAUGGCCGCGGUGGGGGGCCCGCACGACUUCAAGCUGGAGUACAUGGACCUCGACGAGUUCCUCUCCGAGAACGGACUGGGCGGGCCCGCCCAGGGCACCAGUACCGGCGGUCACCACGGUGUGGCCGGCCUGGGCAGUCCGCACGGCGGCUCGGCCUGCUCCAGUCCCAACCAGACGCACAUGGGCGGCGGGGCCGGCGAGGACAACAAGGUCAGCAGUUCCACCGGCUCCAAGGAGCGCGAGUCCCCGGGAGAAGAUCUCCCCGGCGUGCCGCACGUCCUCAACAAAGACUCCAUGCACAUGGGACCCGAUAUGAAUGGCGAUAUGGCCAUGGCCCCCGUACCCGGCUCCACGGUGAACUUUGACCCGCGGCGCCGCCGGUUCAGUGAGGAGGAGCUGAAGCCGGCGCCGAUGGUGAAGAAAUCCAAGAAGCAGUUCGUGCCCGACGAGCUGAAGGACGAGAAGUACUGGGCGCGUCGGCGGAAGAACAAUCUGGCGGCGAAACGCUCGCGGGAUGCCCGGCGCAUCAAGGAGAACCAGAUCGCCAUCCGGGCGGCCUACCUCGAGAAGGAGAACCACAAACUGCGCGAACAGCUCGAUAAACUCACCCGCGACAACAUGGUCAUGCGCGAGAAGCUGGCCGCGUCGGCCAAGAUGGAUCUGGGGAAGAACAGUGCACACUGAGGACACAUGCCAGCCUCUCCGCGUUUUCAUACUGCUGAGGAAAUCAUUUUACCAAAGUUUUUCUAAUGGGCCUUAAAUUCGAUGGUUAUCAGUGUUCUUUGAGCCGCCGCCGCAGUUUGCCGUGUGGUUGUGUUUUUAUCCGGAGUGUUGUCGACGUACCACCACACGUACCCACUCUUCCCGUUUUUCCCCCGCGAACGCUAAUUGCCGAGACGGACUAAUUGUUUUUGUACAAAUAAUAAUUUUCGGGAGAAGCGCGCUCUCCUCUUGUGUUUUUUCCUGCGUGGACGGCGUUGGAGCUGUGUGCGGGAAGUGCAUUACUCCGGUGUGAGGCAGGAUGGAGUCCAUGUUUUUUGUUACAUUGGGAAAAUCGUUCUGCACCGGUCGGCUGAAUACUGGGUGUGUUCGGCCGCCGCUGAAACAAGUAUUAUCGUGACCUCAGUUGUCGAUGGCGUCGUUGCUGCCGCUAAAGCGUGGUUUAAUGUGAAACCGGUGUCCGUGUCUUUUUCUGUUUUUUUGGUGUUUGUAAUGUUGGCAUAUAAUAAUACAGUAUAAUAAUACAGCGCUUUUAUUGUCUUUUUUUCUGGCCACUUUUUCGCCGGUGAGGAUUUUAAUUGUUUUUUGCUCUGGUUGGCUGCGUGCCGCCGGUGUUGGCGCAUUUAUUCCGCAGGAUAUUUGGAAAAAAUUAAAAAUCCUACUAUC